CAAAACCAACGCGUUUUUUGUCCCCACAAUCUCUAGCUAUCUGCUGGUGUCUUUACCAUUUAUUAAAUCGAGACCAUCCUCAGCUUGCAGCUUACUGAUCCAUCAUGAAACUCGUCCGCUUUUUGAUGAAAUGCGCCAAUGAGACGGUGACCGUUGAGCUGAAGAAUGGCACAAUCCUUCAUGGCACUAUUGUGUCUGUCUCUCCUCAGAUGAACACCUCUCUCCGGGCUGUCAAGAUGACCCCCAAGGGCCGUGACCCCGUUUCUCUCGACACCAUCAACAUCCGCGGAUCCACGAUUCGCUAUUAUAUUCUCCCCGACAGUCUUCCACUUGAUACCCUCCUCGUCGACGAUGCACCCAAGCCCAAGAACAAGGCCCGCAAGGAGACAGACCGUGGUCGCGGUGGUGGCCGUGGCGGACCACGAGGCCGUGGAGGGCGCGGAGGUCCCCCCGCGGUCGUGGUCGCGGACGUGGAUUCUAGAUUUUCUGUUUUCUUCUGAGAGAACAACCCGGCGUUUGUUUCUGUCUUCGAAAUUCGGUUUGAUUUUGCAUCAUAUGGGAUACAAUCUGUUGUCCCUUCUUUCUACUACCCAGGCCAGGGGUCCCGAUUUGGAUGGUGGGUGACAUACUGAAAAAAUUAAGCAAUUUUACCGGGGAAUUUUCCCCCCACUCUCAAUUUGCGCUUCUCGAUAUCAUGUGCUCAGAGUUGUAAGGCUUUGGGCAGAAAAAGUAGCUGAACAUUAGCUAUCAAAAGUACUGUGGAAUCACCCGAGAGAUGGAUAUAUACGACCCGGCUGUGAUUAGAUCCACCUUCUUUCCCUUCUCCAAUGCAUGAUUCUGCGUCAUGUGAGUGCGAAGAGCAACAAUGGCCGUAUACCAAGGGAGACUUUGGUGCCUGGAAAGGCAACUCAACAUGAUCUAGGCCACAGCAAUAUCGAAACAGAUGUCGGAAAACAUCAUACAAUUUUGUGAACACAUAAAUCGUAGGUGUGUUCAAUUUUCAUAGGCCCAGGGCUAUUCUAAACAUGUAUUGUAAUUCUUGUGUCUUCUAACGUCUUCC